GACGUCAGCAGCCGGCCGGCCUGCGAUUCGGAGCACGUGACGCCGACCGGGUUUGAUACUUUUUGUUGCUGAUCCCGAGCGAAGGGCAGAGAUCGGACUCAGCCCGGUGAUGGGGAGCAGUUCCACGCUGAAAGAAUGGGCUGCAGCAAUUUCACUGACAAUUGGAGCUGCUGCUAUUGGUUAUGUGGCCUACAGAACUUUAUACUCAAGAGACAAAGGCUGUAAGUCAUUGGUUAACCUAGACAUCCAGAAGGAUACACCUAAAGUAGUUCAUGCAUUUGAUAUUGAAGAUCUGGGAGACAAAGCUGUGUAUUGUAGAUGCUGGCGAUCUAAACAAUUCCCAAUGUGUGAUGGUUCUCACACUAAACACAAUGAUGAAACGGGAGACAAUGUAGGGCCAUUGAUAAUCAAAAAAAGAGAAGCCUGAUUCAAGGAUGAUUUUAAAAUCUGUAAAAUGUGUUUUAAUGCAUACAGUAUGUGAUUGCUGCACGCCAUCUCUGCUGGUCUAAAAUGAAAUAGACGUAUACUGUGUGGUGCAGGCUUUAAUUUUGAGCACUGUAUGGCUUUGGAAACACUAAUUUUGGCUAAGGUCAUUUGAGAUGUUCUUUUAAAUGUCAGUGUUUUGGUAAUUUCUUUCUGUGUAUGUAAAGUAAAAUAUUGAAGUGAUGCGAUGUGAAAUGAAUUUCUUCAGAUUGUAGUUAAAAAGAAAACAUUUUGAUCACUUUACCAAGAUCAAAUGAAUAAAAGAUUUGAAGUUGUUUGAAA